GCAAAAUGCUUUUAAUUUUAUUUUUGCUGUGGACGGGAGAGGGGUAGAGAAUGAGUCUCCUUGCCGCGUGUAAAAUAUGUUUUUGUGAUGUUAGGGGAGAAUCACUUAACAUCCCACGGAGCCUCCUGCUGACUUGUGAAUUCCAUCUGUGGCUGGCCGGCUGCUGGCCCCGUGCAUCACCUCUUCAUGGCCACUGCCUGCCAGGAUGCCGACUACGGCGCCCUCCUCCAGGAGCUCUGCCUCGCACCGUUCAAGGUGGACAUGGAGGCCAUCGGGAAGACACUGUGGUGCGACUGGGGCAAAACCAUCAAGAGCUACGGAGAGCUCACCGACUGCACCAGGCACGUGAUGGGGAAUCUGGGCUGCUUCUGGCCGAACGCAGCAGUGGACAGUUUCUUCGUCACUGUCCACCAGCACUACUUCAGAAGCUGCCCGGUCUCCGGCAGGGCCGUGCGGGACCCGCCCAGCAGCAUCCUCUGCCCCUUCAUCGUGGUGCCCAUCCUGGUGACCCUGCUCGUGACGGCGCUGGUAGUCUGGAGAAGCAAACGCACAGAGGGUAUCGUGUAGGCCGCGGCCCGGGAGCUCCCCGCCACACGAGUGCGGGGCAGGCCGGGAGGCCGGGGGCUGCGGGCCUGGCCUGGCCAUGGCUUCCUGGGCCCUGAUGGCAGAGAAGCCCCAAGUCCCCUCUUCUUCCUGAGAACAGUCACAGGAUCUCGGCGUGGUGAUGAUGUGGGCAUUCACCUGGGAGCCCCCAGCUGGAGGCAUAGGCCACCCUAGGAAGGGGGGCGGGGGCCAGCAGGGAGCAGGAUGGAAGUGUCAUUAUUUCUGGGGAGUGUUCGGCGUUCGGUGUCCCGAUGUGUUCAUAAACCACCCUCAGCUCUCUUCCCGCCUCUGGCCAGACUGAGGGUGAGUGGUUUGUGAUUAAAAGGAUGUCCUUGAG